AUGGUUGGAAUACCUCUUAUGUUAUUGUGUUUGGCGAAUAUUGCCGAAAGUCUUGCUCAGGUGUUUACGUUCGUUUAUUUUAAAGUUUGUUGUGCAUAUUGCCGUUGGCAGAAGAACAGACGUCGCGUCCGACGUGCUGCGCUCAGUUUUCGAUAUCAUCCGAAUGCAGCGAUGAACGUGAGGAGAGGU